UCCAUUUUAUCCUUAACUGACGUCAGGUCAACACUUGGUCCGUGCUGAAGACGUAGAGAUAUGGAUUUUAAUCAUAUUUUCGAUUUUGUACUUUGUUGUUUUUUUAUACUGCAAUUGUGUGAGUUUUCACAGUCGCUUUAUCUUCCAAAGAAUCGUCCAAACUAUGGAAACCCCAUGAACGUUUACAAGCCAGUCUAUUUGGCAAGUGGCAACAAUAUACACAAUUCACUACAUGGGCCAAUUAGUGGAGGAGGUUACAACAACUUCGGUUCACGACUUCCGGUCAUGCCCAAUGGAUAUGACAAUGGCUAUGCAGCACGAAAAUAUAUCAAAGGAAAUAUGGCUAAAAAGAUAGUUAAAAAGACAGUUAUAAAUUCCAAAACGGAUGUCAAUAUUAGGAAGGAUCAACCCCUCACUGUUGUGUUCAAUCGUCCUAAACCAGUUAUCGUACUUGAUCGGCGGCCAAUCAUAAAUGUUAUAAAGAAAGCUGAAAAUAGUGCAAAGAUUGUUAACAAACAGAAGGUAAAUCUUGUAGGUACAGUUGGUCGUGCAACUGGACAGAAAACAAUAAAUGUUGAUCACGGUGGUUUCAAGUCAAAUGUAAAUGCAGGUGGCGCUCGAGUUAAUAUCAAGGGAGGUAAUGCCAUUGGUGGAAAAGCGAAAGUUAGGACAGGUGACAUUAAUUUAAACUUUUUCGACAAAAAACCUGCUGGAGUAUUUCAGCGUCCAGGUAUGAUGGAAGCUGCGAUGGCAGUCUCCUCUGGAGGAUUUGGACAGGUAGUUGGUCCACAGUUUGCAAUGGGAGGCCAAAAUAUUGACAUAUCUAGUCUAAUGGGCCCUGUUCUUCCGGAUGUUCCGAGUAUCCCGAGUGUUCCGAGUGUUCCUAGUCCGGGGGCAUUCGAUGUAAUGGAUGCAAUAGCACUUAAAACAGCAGUAGCAAGACUCGAACAGAAAAUUAGCGGAAUGCAGCACAAUGUUAAUAUAAACAAUAACAAUAACAACCAAAACAACAACGUAAACAAUAACGCACACAAUCACAAUGACUUGAUGAAUAAUGUUAAUGGUGGCUUUGACAUGGAUAAUAUGAUGAUGGCCAUGAUGUUAAAUGGCGGAGAAUUGAGUGAUGCAAUGGUCGAGUCAAUGACCAGAAAGUUGACAGGUGUUGGUGGAGGUGUUGGAGGAGGAUCAGGAUCUGGUGGUUCUGGAAGUGGAGGAGCCGGAAGUGGUGGUGGUGGAGGAACUAAAACCAUUAAUAUAGGCCCCGAAAAUACCACAGGAAAAUCCGUCGUUCUUAAAGUAGACGGAAACGUCCAAAUAUCAAAGAGUAAUAUCUUGGGACAAUGAUCUUGUCACUAUUCCUUUAUAAAUGUAUUAAGACAGAGCCUGUUUCAUUAUAAACGAGUUAGUCUAUUGAUAAGUUCAGAUGUUCUUAAUGAUUACAUGAUUUGUUUUCUAGCGCAUCGUCUUUUUGUAAUAAACCACGCCUCUGCCUUGUAAAUCGGUAACAAAUCCUUUUUGGUGCUGUAAAUAUAUGAGGCGCCUGGAUUUUGUUUACAAAAUAGAGAAUAAUGGGAAAAUACUAUAGAAAAAUUGGCAAAAAAAACAAAGGAUGAAAAAAAGGAAUUAAAUUUGAAAUAGAGGAUAAUGGGGUACCAAAAUAUAAAGAAUAGAAAAUAAUGACAUAAAUAAUAAAAAGUACAGAAAUGAAGGACUCCAUCUAUACCCUCAUAUAUAACACGUUGAUUUGAAGUACUUAUUUUAAAAAUGUUACUUCGAAAAUGCCUUUUACUUGAAUCAUCUCUAAAUAUCUAUCCAAAUUAACUUAACUUAUUUAAUUGUUUAUAUUCUCAUUUGUAUACAUUUUGUAAAUAUGCAUUUUGUUUGUCAUAAUGAUAUUGAAUUUUGUAUUUUAAUAAAGAUUGGAUUGGU